CUCCCAUAUCUUUUUGCCCUCGUUAACAUCUCUGCUUGACAACUCUACUUCUGCCUGCACGACACGUUGCCAUUGUGCCUUUGCUCUGCUUCGCGCCAGUCUAUUAUCCUUCCUGUUCCAGCCAUCAGAAGUCGCGUCUGAACUAUUUACAUUUACGGAACGAGAACUAUACCCUCCGCCGCGGCCGUGGAGGCCCUCACCCCUCAACUCCCUCCACCAUGGCGCCCUCAAAGUCACAACAGCCCGACUCAGAGACCUCCUCUGUCGCGGAUACUCCAAUGACCGAUGGUCCUGAGUAUAUACGCCCUCACAGACCUUCAUUUGGUCACCUCAAUCGCCCCGUAGACGAUACGCCCGACUACACCGACUCCGACACAAACCCAAACACAACCGCCUCGAGCGUGGCUGGAGAUACCCCUCAAGCCGAUGGCCGCAAGAAGCGUUCAGAAGCAUUUCAGCUACGGAAAAGCAUCCUGGGAAAGAAGCAUGGCCAAUUGGACGAGUCAAAAGAAGAUGAUACCUUGCGGAGAUUCAGGUACUUGCUGGGCCUGACUGACCUCUUCCGCCACUUCAUCGAUGCCAGUCCAAACCCCAAGAUCAGAGAAGUUCUGCAACAGAUCGAUCAGGAAAAUGCUGAAGAGGAGGCAAAGGCCAGAAAGGUCGUGUCCCGCAAAGGGGGUGCCGCAGGUGCAAACAAGCGAAAGACCGAACAGGAAGAGGAUGCUGAACUCCUUAGGGAUGAGAAGCGUGGCACAGCUUCCCAGACUGUCUUUCGAGAGUCGCCGGCCUUCAUAAAGGGUGGUGAGAUGCGCGACUAUCAGGUUGCAGGUCUCAAUUGGCUCAUUUCUCUUCACGAGAACGGUAUUAGCGGUAUCCUCGCUGAUGAGAUGGGUCUUGGUAAGACACUGCAGACAAUCUCCUUCCUCGGGUAUUUGCGACACAUCUGUGGCAUAAAAGGUCCGCAUCUCAUCACCGUCCCCAAAUCCACCUUGGAUAAUUGGCAUCGGGAAUUCAAGAAAUGGACUCCAGAUGUCGAUGUGUUGGUCUUGCAAGGCGCAAAGGAUGACCGUCAUGCCUUAAUCAAUGAACGACUAAUUGACGAGAAAUUCGAUGUGUGCAUUACGAGCUACGAGAUGAUUCUCCGAGAAAAGUCUCACCUGAAGAAAUUUGCCUGGGAAUACAUCAUUGUCGACGAAGCCCAUCGAAUCAAGAACGAAGAAUCCUCGCUUGCACAGAUUAUCCGCAUGUUCAGUUCGCGAAACAGACUGCUCAUCACCGGUACUCCGCUUCAGAACAACCUUCACGAACUUUGGGCUCUGCUCAAUUUCUUGCUUCCUGACGUGUUUGGCGACUCUGAAGCAUUUGAUUCUUGGUUCUCUAGCCAGAAUGAAGACCAAGACACAGUAGUUCAACAGCUACAUCGAGUUCUCAGACCGUUCCUGCUUCGGAGAGUGAAGAGCGACGUUGAGAAGAGCCUGCUGCCAAAGAAGGAGAUGAAUCUUUAUGUCGGCAUGUCCGAGAUGCAGGUCAAAUGGUACAAAAAGAUUCUGGAGAAGGACAUCGACGCUGUCAACGGUGCAGGAGGCAAGCGAGAAUCAAAGACGAGGCUUUUGAAUAUUGUGAUGCAGCUCCGAAAAUGCUGCAAUCAUCCCUAUCUAUUCGAAGGUGCGGAGCCGGGUCCUCCCUACACCACCGAUGAGCAUCUCGUCUACAACUCUGGCAAGAUGAUCAUUCUUGACAAGAUCCUCAAGCGAAUGAAGGAAGAGGGAAGCCGAGUCUUGAUAUUCUCUCAGAUGAGCAGAGUGCUAGACAUUCUCGAAGACUAUUGCGUUUUCCGAGGUCAUCAAUAUUGUCGCAUUGACGGCGGAACUGCCCACGAGGAUCGAAUCGCGGCCAUUGAUGAGUACAACAAACCAGGAUCGGAGAAGUUCGUCUUUCUUCUGACCACCCGAGCAGGGGGUUUGGGCAUCAAUUUGACUUCAGCCAACAUUGUUAUCCUUUAUGACAGCGAUUGGAAUCCUCAAGCAGAUCUGCAGGCAAUGGAUCGAGCACACCGAAUUGGCCAGACUAAGCAAGUCGUGGUAUUCCGAUUCGUCACAGAGAACGCCAUUGAAGAAAAGGUCCUAGAGAGAGCUGCUCAAAAGUUGCGUCUGGACCAGCUUGUCAUCCAACAAGGGCGGGCACAACAGCAAGUCAAGCAGGCGGCCUCAAAAGAUGAGUUAUUGACCAUGAUUCAACAUGGCGCGGAGAAAGUAUUUGAAACAAAGGGGUCAACAGGAGAACUUGACGACAUCGAUGAGAUUCUGCGACGUGGCGAGGCUCGAACUGCAGAGCUCAGUGCGAAAUAUGAGAAACUCGGGAUCGACGACCUCCAGAAAUUUUCCUCCGAGAAUGCCUACGAGUGGAACGGUGAAGAUUUCACGAACCGCCGAAAAGACAUUAGCUUGCACUGGAUCAAUCCAAGCAAGCGUGAGCGGAAAGAACAAUCUUACUCUAUGGACAAGUAUUACAAACAGGCAUUGUCGACAGGUGGGCGACCUGCAGACACCAAACCCAAGAUUCCGCGAGCGCCAAAACAGGUCGCUGUGCACGACUGGCAAUUUUUCCCUCCGGGCCUGCAAGAAUUGCAGGAAAAGGAGACGGCGUUUUAUCAUAAAGAAAUCGGCUUCAAGGUACCCCUCACGGAUGGGACUGACGAAGAUCUGAGCGACCGAGAAGCAGAUCAGCGACUAGCUCAGAAUGAGAUUGAUAACGCGGAGCCGCUGACUGAAGAAGAGAAACAACGAAAAGCGGAGAUGCAGGAGCAUGGGUUCGGCAACUGGAAUCGGCGUGACUUCCAACAAUUCAUCAAUGGUUCUGCCAAAUUCGGCAGGACCAACUAUGAAGGAAUUGCGACCGAAGUCGACAGCAAGGAACCAGAUGAGAUUGAAAAAUAUGCAAAGGUCUUCUGGAAGAGAUACACGGAGAUUGCCGAGUUCGACAAAUAUAUCAAAAACAUCGAGGCCGGGGAGGAGAAGCUGCGGAAGACCGAACGACAGCGGAAGAUGCUACGGAAGAAGAUGGAGAUGUAUCGAGUCCCGCUACAACAGCUGAAGAUCAACUAUACGGUAUCCACCACCAACAAGAAGGUCUAUACGGAGGAGGAAGACCGCUUCCUGUUGGUCAUGCUUGACAAAUACGGCGUCGACGGAGAAGGGCUGUACGAGAGAAUCCGUGAUGAGAUCCGAGAAUCACCGCUGUUCCGGUUCGAUUGGUUCUUCCUCAGUAGAACGCCCGUGGAAAUUGGUCGACGAUGCACCACUUUGCUCAACACCGUGUCCAGAGAGUUUGGAGAAACCGAAGAGAAGCUCACCAAUGGCCACGGUCCCGGGAAAGGGAGAGUUCGUGAUGACGAAGACGAGGAGGACGACAGCGAAGCAGCGCCUGUGAAGAAGAAGGCGAAGAAUGGUAUUGUGAACAAACAAGUCAAGGCAGUCAAAUCUGGCCGUGGUAGCAAAGCGACUUCUCCUGCGACCUCUCGAGCACAGAGUGUCUCGUCUACGACGGCACCAGCCAACCGAUCGAAGGGGAAGAAGAAAUGAAGGGCAAAUCGCCAGUAUUAUUAGACUACUCUGAUGAGCUUUACAAUUUCUGUGGUUAUGACGGCACGUUUUAUCAGGAUGCUACUACGGGGUUAUCGGCCACCUGAUGGGAAACACUGCAUCACAGGCCUCUAUUAUGCAAGGAGUGUUGAUAGAGUGACGGGAUCAAAACAUUGGCUGGUUGUUUGUCAAGUUAUGCAACGGCGAGAUCGGGACGGAUGGCUUCGUGUGUUGUUACGAUUCCGGCACGAACACUGCGCGUUUUUCGGCAUCAACCCUGCAUAUGGUGGGAAUGAGCGUGUGUCUUUGAGGAUCCUGGAGCUGGGCGAAUCCGAGGCAGAGCACACGGGGUGCACCAUGCGUGGGUACGUGUAGAUUAUCCCUGGCAGGAAACAAAGGAAAUCGGGCAGAUACCAAGAUAAGGCCUGGAGAAUAAAAACAUUAAAUUGACAAUUUACGAAGGUUCCUCCCGUGUCUUUGCUCAUGGUUGGAUAUGCGACAAGGCAGGGCGGGUGGGAAGCAUGCGACUCUUACGUUAUGGUCAAGGGGAUAACGAGAUACGAAGCAGGCC